UACAAAAAAAGGGUAAAUAACCAAACGUGUAUAAAAAUGUCACGUCCAACCACCAUCAAGGAAGCCCUGCAGCAGUGGUCCGUAGAAAAUGAAGGACAGGAUCCACUCCAAGCCAAGGACAUCCAGUUGCAGUUCCAGUGGCCACCGAUCGAAAAAAUGGAUGCCACACUUUCCACUUUGACGGAAUGCGAAAAGUUGAGUCUAUCGUCCAACAUGAUUGACAAAAUAAUCGGAAUUGCUGGAAUGAAAAGCCUGCGGAUCCUAUCGCUGGCCCGAAACAAUCUGAAAUCCCUGGCCGGAAUCGAACCCCUCGGGGAAACGCUGGAAGAGCUUUGGGUCAGCUACAACUUCAUCGACAAGCUCAAGGGGGUGGAGAGUCUGAAGAAGCUGAAAGUGCUCUACAUCGGCAACAAUUCCAUCCGGGAGUGGGGCGAGUUCAACAAGCUGCAGGCCGUCGAAACGUUGGAGGAUUUGCUGUUCGCCGGAAAUCCCCUGGUCGAGAACAUCGACUGGACGGCCUGCGUUCGGGAAGUUACCAAACGACUGCCGACGCUCAAGAAGCUGGACGGGGAAAAUAUGGUUACCGAUGAGGAUUAGCUCCGGGUUUGAGUGCCAAGUGCCAGUGAUUUCUCAGAGUGAGGGUGGGGAAAAAUCUUUUAACAGGACUUUGUAUCUUAACAUCUUUUACUUCUCCAACAAGAUUAAAUUAAUUUCAUUUACGAUUGUGAUUUCUUGGAAAUAUUUUUCGGAGAUCCAAUUGAGAGGAGAUAAAAAUUCCUGGCAAAGACCGAUAAAUUUUUAAAGGCUAACUACAUUAAUUUUAGGAAAAGCAUAAUUAUAAAAAAAAUCCG